CUGGCUCGUCGAUGACUCUUUGUCUGCUACAUUAGUGAGUUAGUUCGUAGUAGCUCAGUGCCCGUAUGGAUAUCUUCUGUGAAAGUAAGUAAGUAGUUGGCCUUUUUGAUUUUUUAUUUAUGAAUUUUUCCCUUCAAGGCUUUCAAUUCCAUCUUCUUCCACCUCAAUCGGAAUUCCUUAUCGAAUUUUUUUAUCCUUUUCUUUUAUUUUCCCUCCCGUUGGUCGCAUACCUCUGUUUCUCUCUUUCUUUCUUCACGGUCUUGGCCAGUCCUACCCCGGACUCAACUAUUUUUUUCUUCUCAAUCUCUUUGGGAUGUCAUCAGCGUUUCCUUGCGCCUGUUUCUCAUAUUAUUCCCCUGUUGAUUGUUGACCUCUCCGCCCGCCGUUGAAUCUUCUCCGCUUUGAACAGCCAGCCCUGCGGUGCCUUGGAUCUGAGGCAUCACAGU